UUCACACGAGUUUUGAAUCUCUGAAAUAUUUGUCAUACUUGCGGGUCCCACUUCCGGCCUGAACUAAGGAGCGAUGACUAAAAUUUUCAAGUUUGGUCGUUUUGAUCAAGAUGAUUUCAAUCCUGAUGUUUUCUUCGGACGUACAUAUCGAGUGGGAUUCAUGGAAUGGCCAGGAUAGAGCUGUCGGUCUUCACUUUCGGAAUUGUGGCAAGGUAUUUUCAGCUUGAAUGGUUGAGACAAUGUCAUCGACAUGGAAUGCAUCGGAGAACGGCAACGUUUCCGAGAACACGAACAUGAACGAUGACUUGGAUGAUGGCCUCGAUGAAAUGGGGAAUGACGCCGAGGGCGUCUGGAGCCCCGAUAUUGAACAGAGCUUCCAGGAGGCGCUAGCUAUUUAUCCACCAUGCGGCAGAAGGAAGAUCAUUCUCUCUGACGAGGGAAAGAUGUAUGGUCGCAAUGAGCUGAUCGCUCGCUACAUCAAGCUCAGGACUGGCAAGACGAGGACGCGGAAGCAAGUCUCAAGUCACAUCCAAGUCUUAGCGCGGCGAAAGGCACGUGAGCUCCAGUCACAACUCAAGGUAAUGUGGCAGAAUAAUACGGACCAGUCGUCCAAAGAUAAGGCCCUCCAAAGUAUGUCCUCCAUGUCCUCUGCUCAGAUUGUCUCAGCAAGUGCCAUCCACAAUAAAGCCCAGGGUCUCGCCAGCCUGACCCCUGGGGUGAUGAGGCCGCUCGGACCCCAUUAUGGUGCUGCCCCUCCUAGUUUCUGGCAACCUGGAAUCCCUCCACAAGGCACAGAUGUCAAACCCUAUGGCCCCGGGUAUGGCAUGGAGGCCAAACCCCCAAGCUCACUCACAGAAAUGUCCAGUACCCCCGCCUGGCAGGGAAGAUCAAUAGCCGGGCCAAAAUUACGCCUUGUUGAAUUCUCAGCAUUUUUUGAACAACAGCGAGAUCCUGAACAGUAUCACAAACAUUUAUUUGUCCAUAUAGCGUCCACAGCCAACUAUACAGAUCCUUUAUUGGAGGCUGUUGAUAUCCGGCAAAUUUACGACAAAUUUCCUGAAAAAAAGGGAGGUUUAAAGGAACUCUAUGAUAAAGGUCCACAGUCUGCAUUUUUCCUUGUCAAAUUCUGGGCUGACCUCAACACAAACGUCCAAGAUGAAGCAAGUGCUUUCUAUGGAGUGACAAGCCAAUAUGAGAGCAGUGAAAACAUGACCAUCCAAUGUUCAACCAAAGUGUGUUCAUUUGGCAAGCAGGUGGUGGAAAAAGUAGAGACUGAAUAUCCUCGCUUUGAAAAUGGCCGAUUUGUAUAUCGUAUCCACCGGUCGCCAAUGUGUGAAUACAUGAUCAACUUUAUACAUAAGCUCAAACAUUUGCCGGAAAAGUACAUGAUGAACAGUGUACUUGAAAACUUUACGAUCCUACAGGUUGUGACGAACAAGGAUACCCAAGAAUCACUGCUAUGCAUUGCGUACGUCUUCGAAGUCUCAACAAGUGAACAUGGUGCCCAGCACAACAUCUACAGACUAGUCAAAGAUUGAAAUGGUGCCGCCAUCUAUCUGUGGAUAAAAGACUGCUAGAGUGUUCAAUCAGGUGCUGUGGUGGAUCUGCUACGAAACUGUUUGCUACAAAUACGAACACUCUCUUGGGAGAGGUAGAAUCUUGGUGCAGCAUUCCUGCCUUGGAACCUCGAGGUGCCUGAGUCAUGGCUUUGGGACUCCUUCUCUUGGAGUAUUGGGACUGUCCUGCAUCGACAGUACACAGUUGUAGGGGCCUGCAUUGGUACCGUAACUGGUAUCAUGGCUAUUUUACUAGGCUUUGGAAAUACUAGAGUUGCAACAACCACCCAAUGCCUUGUGGGCUAUCCGUGAGUUGGUAUUAAAAUCGGUAUUCCUGCCUUUACAAAACUGCACCAACCAACAACACUGCCCUGAACAGGCAUGUGAACGGUCGUCACAAUUAUUGGUAUUUCCUAGAAUGAUGCUUAGAUGCAGUACUGGUGUCAAAAUGUUACAAGCAGAAUUAAUGUGCUGAUGAUGGUAAUUGUUUUGGGAUCAGAUUUGAAAACUCUUGCCCACCUAAUGCAAUUUUGUUCUAAUAUCUUGGCAUAGUUGCCUCUGGAAUGUUUACACGAAAAAAUUCGAUCAAAAAUGGCAAGUUCAUCCUCUCCAGUCCCACCUGACAAUGUCUUAGUCACUUGCUGUGCUUCCUGCAUGAUCACUUAAUUCGGUAAACUAGGUAGAUUCAUCAGGUUUGUGAAUCUAAACUGAUGAAUGUUCUUGUGCACAACCAGUAAAAAUCCUUCUUUCUUGAUCACUAUGUAGGGAAGGAAUGACGAUUAGUUCGUCUUGGAUCAUGUUACUUCACACGAAUUGCGUGAAGUGGCGAAAAUUUUAUCAUGGACGUGACUGAGAUGGUGCUGUCCCAGGUCUUUGCAUUGAGAUUCUUGACAGAGGCGGCAGAUGCUGGGAACAAUGGAUCAAGGAAGCUAUCUUAUGUGGGUGUUUUGGAACACUUACAACAGAGACCAGGGUUAGCACCGUCACAGUCACUUCUACAGUGGGAACAUCACCACUUCAUGUAAACUGUGUGAAGUGACAAGAUCCAAAACGAUCUAUUAGUCAUUCGUUCUCGUGACCAAGGUUGGUUUUAUCACUGUUUUAUACAGUGUACGUUGCAUUGUGCCUCCAAUGAUAAGUCGAGCGCAUCAUAAUCUUCUACUUUGCCUUGCAAUAUUGGACACAAAUAGAAAUAUGCUUUUAUUUUCAUGUUUUCAUAUACAAAGAAGAUAGCAGAUGCAUAUUUGCUCCAUCGUAUAUUAUUUACACUUAAGUAUUGCACAUUGGUAUAUUUUGACUACGUCCGUGGUUAACUUGGGCGUUCGUUGUAUUUUCUGAGACAAUAAGAUGGAAAAGUUUAAUUAUGAUACGCAAAGAAUAUUGAGUUGAUCAGUUGAGUUACACAUCUCUGCAAUAAAAAACAGAAUGCCUUAAGGGUAAAGCUCUAUUAAAUUUUGUUUCUAGGAUUCAGCAGCCUCUCUAGUCCAAAUUAAAAUACAUGGUGAAUAAAAUUUCUAAUCUUUGGGGUUUUGUUGCAAUAGUGUACUUGAAUGAAGACUUCAUGUUCUUGUGUCCAGGGUUGGUUAUUAUUUGUACAUGUACCUCAGAUUUUAUGGUCUUUGGUUAAGUGUUCUGCGAUGUUGCAACAAAUUAGGCAGUAAAAAUACUGCAAGGUCCUUGUUUGUUAUGUACUAAUUGUAGAUGAUGUUCUUUGCAAGAGUCUACUGUAUUGAUUCCUGCAAUACUGGAACGGGUGUUGCUCACUUUGGAUGUAAGCUCUGCCUAUGUGGGUUGGUCAAGGUAUGUGACACAAUGGGGGCUCUACUCUGACAUGGGGUAGGUUCAAAAGUGGAACAUUUGGCAAUUUCGGCCUGCUUCUAAGUGGGCAUGACCGUAUCACUAAUACUUCUUCCAGAAAGUAUCAAGGUCUUUGGCAUGGAUCACAGUUACGCAGAUUUUUUGAUUUGGUAAUUUUUACAACCUGCAUGCUGUGCUGGCAAUCGCAGCGAAACCUUGAGUUCAUAUCUAUUAUUUUUCUGUCCUAAAUCCUCCAAUAUGGUCACUAGACCCACAUUUAAAGUCUGUCCCAAAAGCUGGGGAGCUUUUGUGGUCAUUAUGGCAUUGAAUACAAUGACUUUUUAUGUGUUUCUUUGUGAAAGAUUUAGUGCUGUUUGACAAUAUCAUUUUGUCAGAACAUGUUCAAUUGGAUAACAUCACCAUUAUUGCCUGUCCCUGAGUGUUGUAAAUUUGGUUUCAUACAUUUUGUAUCAGAAGCAAAUGUUUCCUUAUCUAUUUCCCUGGCUUCCAUACGCUCUAGGAUAUUAAAAUAGUAUACCGUAGACCGCACGCAGCUUCCAUGGUAGUAAGCUUUAUUUGCAAAGAGAUUCCUUUUCCACAAUUUGUCUUCAUAUAACUUAAGUCUCCCAUUUUUUUGCAACCUGAUUCUUCGAAAUGUAGUUAUCUUCUGGCAAUACACUCAAAGGUCCUCAUUAAGAGAUAGUUUCUUUACUGUGACUGGACCAACCCGUUUCCGAAUUUUUACUUUUGUCCUUGCGUAGGAUCCUGAAUUUGCUGAAUUAUUUCUGUUGUUUGUAAAUUUUCUGUGCUAAUUUGAUGUGUCCUGCAAACCUUGUGUUACUGUCAUUUGUGCUUUUUGCAUUUUAUUUAUAUAUACUUGGCAAGCACCCCGAUGGUAUUGAUGCAUGUAAUUAAUGAUAUGAAUUAAUAUAAAUAUCCCACUUUAAUUUUGUGUGUGCCUGUGUGUGUGUAUGUGAUGAUGACUGUAUGACAUUGUUUUUUUAUGGCGAACGUUGUAAAUAUCACUAUUACAGAAACCUGUUUGUCAUAUUCAAAAUAUGAUGGGCCAAAAUGGUACCAAAAUGCAAGAGACACACGAGCUGUUGAGCUGCACAGUUUUACCUCAACCGAAUUGUACAUAUACAUGUGAUGUUAAUAAAAUGAGCUGUGUGAAGCUCUUCCAAACAUGCAAAUUAAAAUUUGUAUGUACAUGAGUUUUAAUGGUACUGAUCUUCCCUGGUGACCCUGUCGUCACUGUAACACAACUCCAAUGCAUCUCCAAUGCAUUUCUUGGAGUUCCUGCCUUAGACAAUAUUAUAGGGCCGUUGUGUCCAAAGGGCUUAAGUGAAGUCUGCCAUGUUUCUUGGCAUUUCGAAAUUUGUCAAAUUUCAGCUCGGGUAACAUUUUGCGUGAUUGAUAGGUUACAUCAAAAACCCAUUGCUUUUAUAAAGUAAUGGGUGUUUGGUAAGGUACUGUAUCAAAAACCCAUUACUUCACAGUAAGGUACAUGUAAUGGGGGAAUGGUUAUUUGUAAAAAAAAUGUGUUGUGUAUGAAAUACAGGUGCCCAGUGACUGUCUCCUGUCACCAUUUUGUAGAAAGAGUAUACAUGUAGAAUGGAAAAAUAUGUCAUAUUUUCAUAAAGAAAAGUUGAUUGUAUUUGUAGAUUUUAUACAGGGAGUUUUAGGAUAGAAUGAACCAGGAGAACAAAUGUAGUACAUUUAACAUGACGGAAUAUAAGAUGGGAAGUUUAGUUGAAUACUAACUGACCGGAGCGGUCGAUUCUCCAUCACAAGGAUUGGACACCCCAGAAUUCCUCUGUCAAAUCAAAUAGAAAGUUGUUGGAGAUUUUUUUGUACUAAUAUGGAUUGUACAGUACCUUAGAUGUCAUUGUUUCAACAUGUACAACAGAUUUAAUUGAUUAAUCACCAAUUUGGUUUUAUUAGUAUUAUUGUUAAGAACAGUACAGUCUUGCAACAGACCUCCAGUGGGAAAAAACUACGUUUUUAGCUAUUUAAAGCUGAAUUCUCACCAAAACAUUCUUGCGAGCCCUUUCUAUAAUACUCAAAGGGGCUCAUACUUUCAUACUAUCAUAAUACAUGCUCAUACAUUUUGCAAGCAAGAUGGUUGUGACAUUGUACUUAUUUGGAUCCCUGUUUGUACCUUCACCACCAAGUUGGAAUAUCUUUUGAGUGCAAUGGGUUCUAAAACCGAGACAAAGUCACAACCAAAUUGCAAAACUUCUUAACCAAAAGGUAUUUCCACAUUUUGCUGCAGUCACUGUGGCGGAGAGCACGUCACAAUCAAAGCUCAAAGACAACUUGAAUGUCUGAAGAACUGUUUUACAAGUAAUCCCUGAGUGGCCUGUUGCAGGUCUUGUGCUGUUCCUGUUGAUGGCUUCUGUGUCCUCUUACAUAAUCUCAGUGAAAUAUCAGACCCUGCCAAUACGCUCUUAGAAUAAAAUACCCCAGUAUAUUUGAUACAUCUAAGAUUUUUAAACUAUCACUUUUAAAUAAAGGCUUUGUAAGAUA